AUGGAAGACAAAUUUACGAACCUCAGUCUCCACGAGAAAACCGGUAAGCCAUCUGCCCAGCCCCACGAACCAACAGGCUCGGAAAAUAGCUCUACUGUCAAGAGAACAGCGUCUACGUCGUCACACUACAACAACAUCAAUGCGGAUCUUCAUGCCCGUGUGAAGGCUUUCCAAGAGCAACGUGCGCUUAAAAGGUCAGCCAGUGUGGGAAGCAACAAGAGCGACCAGGACAAGGGCAAUUCGCAAUCACCCAAACAUAUCCAACAGAUCGUCAACAAACCAUUACCGCCUCUCCCUGUAGUUGGUAGUUCGAAGGUUUCACAAAGAAUGACUGGUCAAGUUGUUCAGACUUCCUCCAAGAACACUCUCAAGAACGAUCGGAGUGACCAAGGUACUCAGGACAAGAUAAUCAUGGAGGAAGCUACGAGUGCCAGUAUUAGCGUUGAUACGACUAAAGUCAUCACCACAGCGGUUGGUGUGGCCACUGAUCUAUCUGCAAAUGGCGUUACGCCGGCAGCUUCUAAUACCGCAUCUGCAGCACAAAAGGCUCAAUUGCUGAAUCCUAGUAGAAGAGCGCCAAGGCGACCAUUAUCCCUUCAGCACCCAACGAGGCCCAGCGUCGCUCCACAUAAAGCCCCCGCCAUUAUAAACACGCCAAAGCAAAGUUUGAGUGCCCGUCGAGGGUUGAAAUUGCCUCCCGGUGGGAUGUCCUUAAAAAUGCCUAGCAAAAGUCCUCAACAGCCGCAACAAUUUGCACCAAGCCCUUCAAACAAGAUGCACAUAGAAACUGUAUCUAGCAAAGCUGUGGAGGGGAAAAAGUCGAACCCUGGUUCUUUGGUAAACGGUGUGCAAAGCACUUCCACUUCAUCUAGUACCGAAGGCCAACACGACACUUUAGGAACUACACCCCGAACUGCAAACAGUAUCAAUUCUUCGAAUUCAGGUAGUAGUGGUGGCGGUGGACUCUUUGCAAAUUUUUCGAAGUAUGUCGAUAUCAAAUCUGGCUCGUUAAAUUUUGCAGGUAAACUAUCGCUAUCUUCUAAAGGUAUUGAUUUCAGUAAUGGUUCCAGUUCAAGGAUUACAUUGGAUGAACUAGAGUUCUUGGACGAACUGGGCCACGGUAACUACGGUAAUGUCUCCAAAGUAUUGCAUAAACCCACAAAUGUCAUUAUGGCCACAAAGGAAGUCCGUUUGGAACUGGAUGAAGCCAAAUUCAGGCAAAUUCUUAUGGAAUUAGAAGUCUUGCAUAAAUGUAAUUCUCCAUACAUUGUGGACUUUUAUGGUGCCUUCUUUAUUGAGGGGGCAGUAUACAUGUGUAUGGAAUACAUGGAUGGUGGCUCGCUGGAUAAGAUAUACGAUGAAUCAUCCGAAAUUGGCGGCAUUGAUGAACCACAACUAGCAUUUAUUGCCAACGCUGUCAUCCAUGGAUUAAGAGAACUGAAAGACCAGCAUAACAUCAUACACAGAGAUGUCAAACCAACAAACAUAUUGUGCUCUGCCAACCAAGGUACAGUGAAAUUGUGUGAUUUCGGUGUUUCAGGUAAUUUGGUGGCAUCUUUAGCCAAGACGAAUAUUGGUUGUCAGUCAUACAUGGCACCUGAGCGUAUCAAGUCCUUGAAUCCAGAUAGAGCUACUUAUACAGUACAGUCAGAUAUUUGGUCUCUGGGUUUGAGUAUCCUGGAAAUGGCAUUGGGUAGAUAUCCAUAUCCACCAGAAACUUUCGACAACAUCUUUUCUCAAUUGAGCGCCAUUGUUGACGGACCACCACCCAGGUUGCCAUCAGAAAGAUUCAGUCCCGACGCACAAGAUUUUGUUUCCUUAUGUCUACAAAAAAUCCCGGAAAGAAGACCCACUUACACAGCCUUAACGGAACAUCCCUGGCUGGUAAAAUACAGAAAUCAAGAUGUCCAAAUGAGCAAAUAUAUCACAGACCGAUUAGAAAGACGCACCAAAAUCCUACGGGAACGUGGUGAAAACGGUCUAUCUAAAAAUUUACCUGCAUUGCAUAUGGGUGGUCUAUAA